AUGGAUCGAUUCCGGAUGAUCUUCCAGUACUUCCAGUCCAAUUCAGAGUCUGUGACUAAUGGGAUAUGUGCACUGCUGGCAUUGGCAAGUGUAAAGAUGUACAGCUCCUUUGACUUCCACUGCCCUUGCCUUGCUAAAUACAACAUGGUGUAUGGCUUAGGAAUUAUGUUUAUCCCACCAGUGGCACUUUUCCUCUGUGGUCUCAUUGUCAACAGACAGUUUGUGGUGAUGCUUGAGGAGUGGAAAAGACCUACUGGGGACAGGAAGAAGAAUCUAGCCAUUAUCAGGUGGGGGAUUUCAGUACUGGUGCUAAUUACUUUCCACAAUGAAGUUUACUUAUUUGUUGCACCCUUCUCUCCCAAGGUUGCUGGUGGAAUCUAAACUUCCUCCAAAUUAUUACUUAGAAUUUGUAUUGUAUUGUUUUAAUUCUUAACAGUACUUAGGAGGCUUUAUGUAGCAUGAUAUCACCAUAACCACUGAAAUGGAUUACAGUUCUUAUGUAUAGUUAUUAUAACACUCAACUCUGAAGCUAAGAAAUAGUGGCAUGCCCAAGGGUACACAAUAAGGCCAGAUUUGAAUACAGGCUUCCAGAUACACAUAUCACCUAGAGUCAAACUAAACAGGACAAUGGAAGAAGGUUCACCAGCAUUCUUUUAGAAAAUUUAGAUUAGAGGGGCCGGGGUUGGAUUAGAACUGUGAUGCUGGAAGGGCAGUUUUAACCAUUUCCACCUGCAUUGUAUUUCCCAUGUGAAAAAUCCCACUCCCCAAGCUGGUAUUUGUUCUGUAGCACAAAACAUACUUCCUUAUUUUUUUACAUUUUAAGAUUUGCAUGAAUUAUAAAUACUGAUGAUUAAUAAAUAUUGCUUGACUUUAUUUCAUUUAAAUUCUUAAGGAUUCGGAUUGGGGUUGAUGAUAAGUUUAUAAGCUCAAUUAGGGGUCAAUGAACUUAGAAGUUUGGGAAACCCUUUGGAAAUCACUGGAGUAUGCUACUGUCCCUUCCCUUGUUAUUGCUGGUGCUAAGCAAGUUCCAGCCUUUAGAAAUAUCAGUUUAGUUUUUUGCUUCUCUAUCCAAUAACCAGGUACAUGUGUUCCUCCGUUCUGCAACGGGCCAUGAUUGCACCUGUUGUUUGGAUCCUAGUCACCCUGCUCGAUGGAAAAUGCUUUGUCUGUGCUUUCAGCAGUUCUGUUGACCCUGAUAAGUUUCCAGGUUUCGUCACCAACAUCACACCUUAUAAUGAGGUACAGCGCUUGCUGUCCAAGGUCCCAUGCAAGGAUGAUGAACUCAUAAGGAACAAUACUUCCCGCAAGGCUGUAUCCAGGUACCUCAAAUGCUGGUCACAGGUAAGUAACAGACAUCUAUAGGAUAUUGCUCUGUAGGAGCUCCUUAUAGGAACAUUAACCUGCUCUUGAAACAUAUAUAGGUAGAAUCUGUUUCUGAAGCUCAUCUUCAGAAUAUUCUCCUGGAUAAUCACUGAUUAAAUGCAAGAAGCAUAAUUUUUAAAUUGAUUGUUGCUGUCAAUGGAAGGAAAGAGCAACAGAUGAUUCAUAGAAUACACAUGGACCCUACAGCAUAUGCAGAUUAACUAACAAUUCUUAAGGUAUUGAGACGCUAUAUGAACUAUGUAGUGUCUCAGACACAAACUUUUGGACAAGUCACCUUCUCUUAAACUAUCCUACCAAACAGAGCUAUGGUGGGAAUAAACAAGAUAAGGAUUGCAAACUAAUUUGCUAAGUACAGAUUCUUUUGAAAUGAUAUACUACUACUACUACUACUACUAAUAAUAAUAAUUUAUUAUUUAUACCCCGCCCAUCUGGCUGGGUUUCCCCAGCCACUCUGGGCGGCUUCCAGCAAAAUAUGAUGAAGAUUCCCAGGCCUCUUUAAUUUUUCCAUUCAGCAUAUUCCAUUCAUUAUGCCUCCAAGUCUCUUGUCUUCUCCUGUUUCUGCUUCCAUGUAUUUUGCCCCUCUGGUCCCAUGUGCAAAACAAGCUCCAUGGUUCUGCAUCCCCUGUGUUGUGAUAACCUUAUACCAUGUCAAAUUUCAACCAAGACGGGCUACAAUUAAAAUCCGACCAAUAGUAACAGGAACAUGUUGGGUUAGGGUGGGGUGAGGAAGCAAACUCUCCAAGCCCCUGGCAGUUGAUGACACAGUCCAGGUUUCAGGCUCUGAUCUGCUCUGCAGAAGGAAGAGUGAGUCACAGAUAGACUCAUGGGUUGACUGAUUACAGAUGCCAACUAAUGAAGCAGUCCUUCUGUUGAUUUCAGUACCCAUUCCUUCAGUUUUUGCCAUUUCAUCCAUCUGCCAUUUUAUCUGUCUUAACAUAUACUGUACUAUAAGACUGGGUAGGCAAUGUAGUACCUUUCAGAUAUUGUUUGGCUCCAACUCCCAUCAGCCCCAGCCUGCAUGUCCAAUGGUUAGGGAUUAUGGGAAUUGUAGCUCAAGGACAUCUGAAGGGCACCACGUUGGUUAUCCUUGCUAUAAGGCUUCAGUCAAGGACAAUAUUCCUUUUGUUUUCCUAGCACUAAAUAAAUGUAGACAUUAAUUAGGAAAUCAACAUUUAUUAUCAUUUUAAUUACUUAACAGAAGUCGGGGGCUCCUCCCAUAGCAGGGUAUUCAAGUAGAAGAUCUGAGAAGUCCCUUUCAUUAUGGGAUAUUCAAGCAAUAGAACACAGAUGUCCUGGUUUUUUUGUUUCCCUGUGGCUGGCCUUGAUUGCCUUAACAUUUGUAUGUACUUCCUUUGCCUUCUAGGCUUUUGGAUGGAGCAUACUGCUGACCCUUAUAGUGAUCGCCUUCCUUGCCCGCUCUCUCAGGCCCUGCUUCAACCAGGCUACCUUCUUGCAGACUCGCUACUGGAGCAACUACAUUGAUAUUGAGCAAAAGAUUUUUGAUGAAACUUGUUGUGAGCAUACCCGGGACUUUGCACACAAGUGCAUCCUCCACUUCUUUGAGAGCAUGCAGAAAGAAAUUAAACGAAGGCGGUUCCAUGCCCACCCAAGAAAAGAGGAGCGGAAGGAAGGGGAGAAGGAUCACUUGCAGGGAAUCAGCAGCCAGGAGCAAGUGAACAAGCUUCUUCAAUCAUGGUACUACAGCAAACCUCCACUGGAUUUGAGUGGAGCUACACAGAGGCAACCCCUGGGCACAGAGGGAAUAUCUAUGCCUUGGACAGGCAGUAUGAUUAACAGGUGGCAUCCCCAGCCAGGGACCACAAUUACAAGGCAAACAGACGUUUAA